ACCAAGGGGAUUCCUGAAACUUUCUCUGCCAGUGAAUGUCUAGAGACAUUUCGAAAACUUCGUAUAUAAGGCAUACCCAUAUUUAUCCAUAGCAACGUACUAGAACAUGUGCUCCUUGGGAACCAAAUGCACAACCUUAGCAUUGGUAGCACCAGCCGGGCUACAAGAACUCUAGGAACAGACUUCAAACAGACCCAGGACAAAGCCCAAGAAGAAAAGCCCUGAUGGAUUCUCGCCUCUCCAAGCAGAUCCAGUGCUCCGUGUGUUUGGGGGACUUUGUGGACCCAGUCAGUCUGCUGUGUGACCACACGUUCUGCCGUCAGUGUAUCAGCAAUCACUCCCAGACAAGCAGGGGUCUCCGACUGUGUCCAGAAUGUCGCCGGCCCUACACCAUGUGGGACCUGCGCUCCAACCGAGUUCUCAGGAACAUGGUGGACGCUGUGAGGGAACAUCUAUCAGCGCAACAAGCCCAGAGAGAACAAAACGCAGCCUGCGGCGGACCGGACGGCGCCAGAGCUGGGCCGGUGGUGGAGCCGGAGAAGCUGGUGUGUUCGGACCAUGCUGAAAGAUUGAAACUGUUCUGUGAAACAGAUCAGAAAUUAGUGUGUCUGAUCUGUAGAGACUGCGAAAAACACCAAGGCCACAAGUUCAAACCAGUGGAAGAGGCAGCAGAACCCAAAAAGGAGAUGCUGAGAGAGCCACUAACUUUCAUGUCGAAAGAAAACAAAGAGCUGGAGGAGCUGAUAAAGAUGCAGACGACUGAGAUCACCAAAACUGAGGAGAAAUCCAAGCAGCUUGCAGCUCAGGUAUCUGCUCAGUUUGAGGAAAUGCACCAGUUCCUCAGAGAGAAAGAGCAGAAGGUGAAGACGCUGCUGGAGAAAGAGGAGAGAGCCGUGGUGGAGAUGAUGCAGAAGAAUAGAAACGAGAUAGAGGAGAAACUGAACAGAGGAAGAGAGGAGGAGGCAAUCCUCCACUCCGUCUUGGAGACUGAUCGGGCUGAUGGGUUCCUGCAGUGGUGGAUUGAGAACGGGUUGGAAAUCGUUGAGGGGAUGAGAGAAAGGAAUGAAAAUGGCCCUGAGUCACCGCACAUUGGUGCCCAUUUCAGGUUUAAGUCCAGGCUGAAAGGCCUCAGUGUUAUGCCUGACUACCUGUUCCUCGGACCCUACGAGACGCAUCUCCAGUUCUUCGUAUGGAAGGAGAUGCUUGGCUCCAUUAAACCAGUUCCUGAUCGUAACGUCAUUUCUGACUGCCAUGACCCGUACCUCAGGGUUUCCUCUGAUGGCCGCAGCGUGACCCGCACGUCCAAAAAGGGCAUUUUCUACCGGCAGAAAGACUACAGGCCUCUGGCCAGGACCCACAAGACCUUUCCUUCAGGACAGCAUUACUGGGAGGUGGACGUGGGGGAGAAGAUAGACUGGAGCGUGGGUGUGGAUGGAGGGUGCAUAAGCAACACAAACAAAGACAUCAGGCUUCAGCUGAAACAUGACCAAGGCUACUGUAUUAAAGAGGACGGUGCUGAGACUGAAAAGGAGCUGGCGGUGAAGCCGCGGAGAAUCGGGCUCUACCUGGACUGUGACAGGCGUCAGGUGUGUUUCUAUAAUGCUGACGAUAUGACUGUCCUCCACUCUACUACGUAUCCUUCCGCCAGCCCUUACUCUCUCAGCCUCUCACCUGGAGCCUACCUGCAGGGCAGGAACACUGACCCACUGACCGUCUGCUGGAACUGACUCACCUUCAUUUAUGUCAUUUAUCAGACGCUUAUUAUUAUUAUUAUUAUUAUUAUUAUUAUUAUGUACACAAAACUUAUAGGUCUGGAACAUUGCACCGGCAAGCAUGUUAUGUCCAAACUGCUGAGGUUUCUCAGUUUGGCUGUUUUCUAAAGGAAGCAUAGAAGUAUCCUUCUGCCUACAUUUCCCAUAAUCACAGAUGUUGUUGGGAGAUGAAUACAUUAUAUUAAAUUAGAUAAAUUAUACUAAUCUUAGCUUGACAGCUGCUGUGUUUUUAGUAUGUAACUGUGGCAAUCAGGUCACUGUUACGUCCGUUUUUAUGUUAGCAGGAAGUGUCUGUUUGCUAGUGUAUUUAAGCUAAUGCUUAGGUAACUUGGCCAAGAGCUAAUAAACCCAGUGAAACGUUGGUCCUCUCUUCAGCAGAGUGUCUCUCUGUAAGGUGGAUGUUUAAUUUUAAAACUAAAAUGUGUCCUUUAACAUAAAAGUCAUGCUAGCCUUCUAAAAAGACUUUUUAGGUAAUGCUAACACAGCUAACCGCUAACCGUCAUGACACAGCGCUGCAGCUAACGCGAGAACAAAAACUUACUAGCUUCCUAGCAUUUAGCUUUACAGGCAGAAAACAGGAGUGUUUAAAAUAAAAUUUAAAAAAUUAUGUAUCAAUUAAAUAGUUUUCUUUUUACA